AAAUCCCCCCUUUUUCGGUCAUGGUAUAGUCGAUUGGUUGACCUCCAGACGACAAUCGAGGUCACACGUUAUUGUGCGGUAGUGGGUAGGUUACGCGAGGCACUUUAUCUUCAUACAGAGGACGGAUCUGCAGCUAAAAAGAUGGAUGAGGUAGAACUGAGGAACAUCUCUGUCCAGGAGAACCAGCCGCUCAUGCUCAGUAAGGAGGCCUCAGACACCGUCUUCUGUGAGGAGGAUGUGGAGACGUCCCGCGGGACCAUGAAAGUCGCGGUCCAGGGAAACCGCGCCAAACAGGCUAUCCUGACCUACCAUGACAUUGGCUUGAACCAUGUGACAUGUUUCCAAAACUUUUUCAACUAUGAGGAGAUGCAGGUCAUCCUGAAAAACUUCUGUGUGUAUCACGUCAACGCACCCGGGCAGCACAUGGACGCCGCAGCCAUGAAUGUGAACCUAACUACUGGAGCUGGUUUGGAUCAUGACAAGUUUGGAGCUAAUGUGAUGUGGAAGUGGUCAGGUGGUCAGCAAGCGUCAAGUUUGCUUGUCCAGGGAGACGUCAGUGCUACAGGGGAGCGCGCUGAUGAGAGCAUUCCACCAGAGGACCUCUACCAGUACCCCACCAUGGAUGAACUGGCUGUGAUGCUGGAAGCCGUACUGCAACACUUCAACCUGAAGCGAGUGAUUGGGUUUGGAGUUGGAGCAGGGGGGAAUGUCCUGUCCAGGUUUGCUCUCAAUAACCGUAACAAGGUUGAUGGUUUGGUGCUGAUCAACACUGUGUGUACAGCUGUGGGCUGGACCGAAUGGGCAUACCAGAAGUGGAACAACUGGUAUCUGUUCAGUAACCAGAUGACAGAGGGCACUGUGGACUACCUGCUGUGGCACUACUUUGGCUCAAGAACCAUGGAGGGUCACCAUGACCUGGUGCAUGCCUACAGGGAGAACCUGGUCAGGUCUGUCAACCCUGUCAACCUCGCCAUGUUCGUGGACUCCUACAUCAAGCGAAACGACAUGGCUCUGCACAGAGAGGUUGAUCCUGCCAAGAAGAAGAUCCAGAAAACCAUCAAGUGCCCAGUCCUGCUGGUAGGAGGUGACUACUCCCCACACAUCGAGGAUGUGGUUGAGAUGAACAGCAGGCUGGACCCAGUGGAGACACAGUGGAUUAAGAUGGCUGACUGUGGAGGGAUGGUGCUGGAAGAGCAGCCAGGAAAGAUGUGUGAGGCCUUCAAGCUGUUCCUGCAAGGCAUGGGCUACAUCCCUGAGGUUCCCUGUGUCCCCAGCAUGUCAGCCCUGACCCGCAGUCGCAGCGGCAGCGUGCAUUCCCGUAGCAGCGACGUCAGCGUCCCACAGUCGCCCAGUGACACCCUCCUGGAGUCCCUCCAGCGGGAGGCCCAGGGUCGUGGGGACGAGCCCUCUAGCGUCAAACUCCAGGCGAACCUGCGCCAAGGGGACGGGCCCUCAGACAUCAAAACCCAGGCGAACCUGCGCCACGCAGCCGCUCCGCUCAAAGUGUGAAGAACGUGCGCUCAAACUCAGCCGUGCUUUCAUUCUGCUGCUAUGUAUAGGAAUAACACAGUAACACACAAGCAAGCAGAAGGAACACUAACGUAGUACCAUCUAAAUGUUGUUCACAGUUUAGAACCGGUUGCCUCCUUAAUGAAGAAUAAAGUGAUGUCCUUGAUGUGAUGAGAACAAGCAGUACACAAUAUAAGUGCAUUCAAUAUGGCAAUGCAAAAUGUAGAAUGGUUGAUGGUGCAUAGGCAAUGUGGGUUACAAUAAAGCUCAAUACACUGCUGCAAAAUUGUAAAAAAAACUUAUCACAGCCUUCGUGAGUUAUGAAAGAAAAUGUUCCAGAUAUCCUAACACAGCUUACUUCAUACCAUGGUGACGUUAUUUCCAGAGGAGUUCUUUACCAUAAAUAGGGCUCCAUCAUUGUUUGUUAAACACUUUUGUUAUGUACUAAGUAACAUUUUAACAAGAGAGACAAUUUUAUAUUCCAUUUUGUAGACUCGUCCAUUGUUGGUUCUACCAGGUAGAGAAUGCUGUUGCAAUAAAUGCCCAAACUGCCUGUUGAGAAAAUGUAUUAACGUUUCUUGCUUCUGUUGAAAAUGUUCAUGAAUGUUCAAAUUGUUAAUGAAAUGAAUGUUUUACAGAAGAUGUACUUUCAGUACCAUGGUUGGUUGUACAGUAGAGUGCAUGCCAGAACAGUUAUGCCUCAUGUAUGUUGACUUGUAAGUAGUAAGCACAAUGUAGAAGUUUAAGAUAGCAUAGUCCUGUGUACUCAAUUGUGGCACCAGUUACUCACAUCUGUAUUUUGUACUGAGUUUAUAGGUUUUCAUCCGUUAACACGUGUAGAAGUGCAGUAUUUUGGUCUUAUAGCUGUUUCUGGCUGUCAGUGAAUAAUAGCAAACAUCCACCCCAAAUGUACAAUUCCCUAAAGAUGUUUUUGCCUCCAUAUAAGGAGCACAUAGCCCUGACAGCCAGACAUUUUUGCAUUUUCUUUGUACAGAUGUAAAUAUUUAAUGUAGUAAAUGUGUUAAUUCAUAGGAUGCUCUGUAAGUUACUUACUAGAGCCAAUAUUUCCCUAUUGGGCUGUAUUCUAUGUUACACCACAGUUCCACAAAUGCAGUAUGAAUGUUAAGUAUUAAAUGUUCGGUGUAACCAGA